AUGGUCCAACCCGCGGGCGAGAGUUUUGGAGCUGUGCCAGCACCGGCAACUGCGGCUGCAACUUCUUUCAAUGGGAGUCGUCAGAUUGGGAGGGGUCCCAAGAACCGCUCACAGUGGAGAACAACUGCAAGAAAUGUCGACGAGCAGUCCAGGUGUUGGUUGUCGGGGAGAAUAACCAAAAUGGCAACGCAGGUGCCCAAAGAAACGAAUUCGCGUGGAGGCCGAAAAUACUACAAAUGCAACGCGUGCAGCAACUUCGAGUUCCUCACGGCAGCCAAGCCACAAGCACCUCCCAGCGCCUGCACUCCCGGCAGCGCCGAGUAUGUGGUAGAUGAGAUGACUCGAAGGCAGUUGCAAAGGCUGUUCGACAUUCCCUAUGGCACAACAACCGGUGUUGGUCGCGAUCAGCAAGAAGUCUCUUCGCCCUACGACUACCUCAAAGUCGAAUGUGCGUGGCGUGUUCGGAACCCCCAACGAGAGAAGCGCUUCGAGGAGUUCUUGCGGAAGCUGCCCAAACUGGACAAGGACCGAGAGCUUACUCGGAUCGAGGAUGCGAUGGUGAAGUCCAAGCUGUUUGAGACUCAAGGGGCUCUUCUUUCGAAGCCCUUGAAUGCCUCUAAGAACGAGAUGUUGUUGCUCCACGGAACGAAGCCCAAUCAUUUGUACAACAUCUUGUUCGAAGGUUUAGACCCACACCUCUCUGAAGAUGGCAUCUUUGGCAAGGGUAGCUACUUGGCGGAGGAUGCUGCUAAAGUUGAUCAAUACUUGACCAAGGACCCUGAGUGGAAGGGACAUGCACCAGGGCAUGAGCUAUGCGCAUUGCACAAGAAACUCUAUGACAGGAACGUUAAGCAUGCCACCGAUGUUUACUAUGCCUUGGUAUGUCGCACUGCUCUUGGAGAGCUUGCUGUCACGAAAGAUGGCACUACUUGUGUGGAGUCGGGUAAGGCCAUUUUCGAAGACAGACGCCGCAAGACCUUGAAGCAAGGGAAGACGAGCAUCUUGGCAGAGCUUGGAAAGAAGAUCAGGCGCUUUCGUGAGUUUGUCGUUUUGGAUCCCGCGGCCUUAAGCAUUGAGUUCUUGGUGGCCUUGAAACGUGUUCGCCAUUACUGCGACUGCGGGCAAACUGCGGUGCAGAGAACCGUGACCAACGGCCUGCCAGAAAACUUUGGAAGAGACAUCCUAUUUUGUCCACUGGGUCGUGCCGAUGGGUGCGGCUUUAUUCAUAUGCUGCCCCAGUGUUAUUGUGGACGAGCAGCAGAAGUUGCGGACAAGAGGAAUGGAGAGAAAUACUUUCGAUGCGGCAAGAGGUGCUGUGGCUUUAAGGAGAUUGCGGGAACAAAAUCUGUCAAACCGUUAAAGUGUUAG